AGGGCCUUUGCAUUCGAUUUGAUCAAAACGGCAUGGGAGCAAGUAGCUUCACAUCGCAAUUGGCAAACGUCACCUGCAGCAGGACUGAUCUAAUCUCUACUCGUCCAAACAAACCCUAUGCAGUGCAACAAUUGGGCCUUUCGUCAUAAAAACAAUUACAGCAACUGUGUGUCUGAGGACAUCAAUUUCUCCAGAUUUUUCAGCCCUCGCCGCCCAGCUCCCGCCUACCCAGCUUGAAUUUGCCUCCGAAGUCCUAGCAACUCUUCUAGGCGCCGCGCUGUCAAGGUCCAAUCUUGCAGGCUCCAAGGGUCCAACCUUCGCCUCACGGCGAUGGCCGCGCAAGAGCCGGCGUCGUCGGCGGGCGCGCAGCGUCGGCGGCCCCGCGUCCUCCUGGCGGCCUCCGGCAGCGUGGCGGCCAUCAAGUUCGAGGGCCUCUGCCGCAGUGUCGCCGAGUGGGCCGACGUCCGCGCGGUGGCGACCGCGUCCGCCCUCCACUUCAUCGACGGGGCCUCCUUCCCCAGCGGCGUCCCGCUCUACACCGAAGACGACGAGUGGUCCCGCUGGAGGCGCGUCGGCGACGAGGUCCUGCACAUCGAGCUCCGCAGGUGGGCUGACGCCCUCGUCAUCGCGCCGCUCUCGGCCAACACCCUCGCCAAGAUCGCCGGCGGGCUGUGCGACAACCUCCUCACGUGCGUGGUGCGCGCGUGGGACUACGGCAAGCCCGUCUACGUCGCGCCAGCGAUGAACACCUUCAUGUGGGACAACCCCUUCACGGCGCGCCACCUCGGCGUCCUGCGCGAGCUCGGUGUGUCCCUCAUCCCGCCGGUGACCAAGCGGCUGGCCUGCGGGGACCACGGCAACGGCGCUAUGGCGGAGCCGUCGGAGAUCUGCAGAACCCUGUUGCUCUUCUUCGGACCACAACAUCUUUAGCAGCAGUUGGAGCCUGAUAAUCAAAGCUCUUCAGUAGUUCAGUUAAAUUUGCUUUCUGUAUGAGAUGUGUGACUUGCUUGAUGAUCUCUAGUAAUCUUGUUAUGGCAAUUGUUCUAUACGAUGGCUGCAAUGGCAUCACACGCCCCUGUUUCUCGU